AUGGAGCGGGCGCCGGAAUGUUUGUUGGCCCAGCUGUCGAGCGGGCCGGAAGGCUCAGCCGAUUUGCUUAUUUGCGGUGAUAGUUCAUUUGCUGUCGUCCGUCAAAAGUUUGUCGGCCCAAUGAUUGAGCCUGAGAUCACGCGGAUGGAUUUGGCCCAAUUCCUGAAUCAGGACUCGAUGGCAUGGUGCGCCCGCAUUAGUUCAAGAAUGGAAUGGGGCCGUGGCCUAAACCGGAUUGCGCCGGCCAUCGAGGAGGAGCUGCAGGAGAUGGGUGUUGAGCGGCUCAUCGAACUGCGAGCCCGGUCUGAUGUGGCUGAAUUGGUCGUUGUCGGGAAUGCUCCGGCCGAGGACUACGACUUGUCGAAAGCCUACAACAGGCAUCUCGGGGAGCACUACGGAUACCCGCAUGAUUUCGAGAGGAGUUCCGUGUGUCGAUCCAAGCACGAUGACGUCCCAGGUCUUCUACCACGAUCAAUUCCAAUGAUCGAGUGCUACCAGACCCUCAAAUGGGGCGUUGCUGUCUACUCCGGCAUUGCUACCAGCGCAUUUCGAACCUUCCAAGUGAUGCAGUACAAAGAAGAGAUUGAACCAUUGACAAUCCUGAACGCCGGUGAAGGCGAGGGAGACUUGCAGUUGAUGGAGUUCAUGUUCAGGCGAGCCGUGGAUCAGAUUGAACUGAGCCCGGCCGACAUUGUGGACGCAGUUGACCAAGAGAUAAUGAAUUGGCUGCUGCAAGAGGAAGAAGCAGACGUCGUGCGCCUGAAAGACACCAGCCACGUGCUGGCUCAGGAGAUGAACCCCGAUGACCUGUUGCGAUUGCCCAUCGAUGCAGAAGAAUUGGACGAAAGUGAGCAUGAUGAGAGGCAUCGCAUCAUCAUGAAAGAGCUGUACCCAGACUUGCCAACUCCGAUGGGUGGCCAAGAGCUUGUGGAAGAGUUUCUAUGGGAAGUCCCGGACGAAGGAGACACGCUCGACUUCGACGAGUGGGAAAGGGCCCUCGAGGAGAAAAAGAAGAAUCCGGUUGAGGUGCCGCUUCCGCCGCCCAAGACGGAGGAAGAAAAGGCCGACGAUGAAGCCUUUGCUGAUGUCCGCACCGAAAAGUCCUAUGUGAUCGUUGAACACCCAGAUGAGGAGCAACCAGACUGGGACGAUGAUGAUGCGGACUCGGCGGCGGCCUACAAGUCUGCCAAGGGUUCAGAGGACGAUGAAGAUGAGAAGCCCGAACCCAUGGAGGUCGGCGAAAAGGCCCAAGGGGAGCAGAAGAAGGCGGAUGAAGAAGCCGCUCCCGAGGGCCAAGGAGAAGUCGACCAACCCGUUGAGGAGUCCCAGGGCGAAGCCGCCGAAGCGACCCCAGACCAGGUCACUGACGAGAAUCCAAAGUCAGGAGACGCCAAGCCAAUGGAGGUCGACCUCACGGGAGAUGAUGAUGCUGAGAAGAAGCCGAAGGCGAAGCCAUCUGCCAAGAAGCCCCAAAAGCCAAGCGAGCCGGAAGGUUCGCCGAAACCCACACUCACAGAGCUUGAGAAGGCCGCUGCUGAGGCCAAGGCUCACUACGAGGAGUUGAGUUUCGUCGACGAAAAGACCGGUCGCAUCGUUGUGCGGGGGGACAAGGAGGAGCGUGACGCUCGCUUCAAGGCAGAACGGCUCGCAAUUCGGCCGAAGGCGCAGCCCAAGCAGGUGCGGAGGCCCAACCUGGAGCCGACAAUGCGAGCGAUCGACGCAGAGGAUCCAAGAAAGGAUCUGGAGUUCGCUCAGCUCCCGGGGCAGGAGGUUUGGCUCGGCCCGGAGCAUCUGCGCCAGAUUCCGCGCCGAGACGUGGAGUGGGGGCGGUUCAAGUGGAUCUCCCAGGAGCUCACGUCCCACCUUCGUGGCCAUAAGGAGCUGAAGAAGUUCGAGACUCCGGAAUUUGAGGAGGACGGCAGUAAGCCCUGGAAGCCACUGAUGGAAUGCCUCCAGAAGCGCAUUUACCAAUGCCGAGAGUGGGAAGUUCUUCUGGUCAUCAAGAAUUCAGAGGACGAGAGAUUUCGUAAGCAACGAUUCUGGCUAUGUGUUGAUGCCAGUCUUAGUGGUGAGUUGUCGCCUGCUGUGUCUACGACUCUUGCUAGACACCACCAUAUCAAUGAUUUUUAG